GUCUGUGAUCCAGGAGAGAUGGCACAGAAAACAUUCGACCAAGAAGCCUUUUCCUGCUCCGUGUGUUUGGAUCUACUGAAGGAUCCUGUGACUAUUCCCUGUGGACACAGCUACUGCAGGAACUGUGUCCAACAGCACUGGGACCAAGAGGACGACAAGCAGCUAUACAGCUGUCCUGAAUGUCGCUUCAGCUUCAGCCCCAGGCCUGUCCUGGGUAAAAACAUCAUGUUAGCAGGUUUAGUAGAGCAGAUGAAGAAGACAGCGCCCCCUGCUGCCCGCUGCUAUGCCGGACCUCUGGAUGUGUCCUGUGAUGUGUGCACUGGGAGGAAGCUGAGAGCUGUCCAGUCCUGUCUGCAGUGUGUGGCCUCUUACUGUGAGCGCCACCUACAGCCUCAUCAUGAAGCUGCAGCAUUUAAGAAACACCAGCUGGUGGAGCCGUCUCACACACUCCAGGAAAACAUCUGUACUCAACACGACAAAGUGAUGGAUCUAUUCUGCCGCAGUGACCAACAGAGCAUCUGUUACCUCUGCUCUGUGGACCAACAUAAGGGUCACGACAUAGUGACCUCUGCCUCAGAGAGGGCUCAGAGGCAGGCAGAGCUGCCGGCCAGGAGGGCCCUGCUGCUCCAGAGCCUCCAGCACAAAGAGACAGACCUGAAGAGGCUCCAACAGGAGGCCCAGGACAUCAGACGCUCCGCCCAGACAGCAGUGCAGCGCAGCGGGGACAGCUUCACACAGAUGGCCCUUCUCCUGGACAAAAGACGCUCUGAAGUGGAGCAGGAGAUCCGCUCCCAGGAGCAGACCCAACUGAGCCGAGUCCAAGAGCUCCAGGACCAACUGCAGCAGGACGUGAGGGGGCUGAAGAGGAGCCUCUCUGAGCUGGACACACUGGCCCUCACCCAGGAUCAUAACCAGUUUAUACAGGUCUACACUUCACUGUCCGCACACACACAGAGCACAGAGACACACACCAUUCACACAGGGGACCGGAGCUACUUUGAGGAAGUGACCAGAGCUGUGUCCAAGCUCAGAGACACACUCCAGCUCACUGUGGAGAAGAGCCAAACCAACAUCUCACCGGCUCCGAGGCCAGUCCAGGUUCUGUUACCAGCUGAGCCCAAGACCAGAGAGGAUUUCUUACAAUAUUUUACACAAAUCACUCUGGACCCAAACACAGCUCACACUAGACUGUUUCUGUCUGAUGGAAACAGAAGAGCCACAGUUACAUGGUUAGCUCAGAACUAUGCCAAUGAUCCAGAACGGUUCAGUCAUUUGAGGCAGGUCCUGAGCAGAGAGAGUCUGACGGGCCGCUGUUACUGGGAGGUGGAGUGGAGUGGUUUGGGCGUCCGUAUAGGAGUUUCUUACAGGAAUAUUCCCAGAAAAAGCGACUCAGGUGAAUGUGGAUUAGGAAACAAUAAAAAAUCCUGUGCCUUAAACUGCGACAAAACCAGUUAUUCCUUUUGGCACAAUAAAAUCCAGACGCAGGUGCCAGGUCCAGUCUCAGGUCCGGUCUCGUCCAGAAUCGGAGUUUACUUUGACCGCAGUGCGAUGGUUUUGGCAUUUUACAGCAUCUCGAAAAGCACCAUGAGCCUCCUCUACAGAGUUCACAUCACUUUGACCCCGCCUAUCUACGUCGGGGUCUGGCUUUACGGGUUUCCUAGAGACACUGUGCAUUUCCCUAAACUCAAAUAGCAACUUUGUCCUCCAAAAUUGUAAAGAAUCAAUUAUGAAAUCACAAAGAUUACAAGUAUUUACAUAACAGAAUCUGCUGUACCUGUAGUUUAGACCUGUACAAACAUGUUCUGAAAUGCAUGAAAUUCUUCUUUUAGUUUAACAGUUUAUAUUUACGUCUUCUGUCAAGUGUUAAUUCUCUUGGACAUGUUUAAAAUGUGCACUGUACUUAUUAUCUAACAGAAAUUAAUGCAAUGUUUUCUUUUCAAAAUACCAGUUGUUUUAAAUAUUCAUCUUUUUAAUUUUUUUCAUUUUUCUGUUGCAUUUGAAUCAUGAUUAUAAAAUGUUUUGGGGGAAUCACUGCUUAUUCAAUAGUGGUUUUAGUUUUUGGUUUAAGUUGAGCGACGUUAUAAUCUUCUUUACACUGUAAUUAAAGAAAAAAAAAUCAAUAAAUUCACAAAUCUGU